AUGGAAGUCUCAUCACCAUCCAAUGCUCUUUGUCCUGUUGAUGCCUCUACAUACUAUGUAGAUCCAGUCAGCACGUGUACAAAGAACUGUGGUUCAAAGUCUAGUCCAUUCAAGUUUAUUGGCGAUGCCGUCCAAUACGCCUUUAGACAACCAUGCUCUUGGAACAGCUAUCAUACCGUUAUGGUCAAGUCUGGUACUUUCAAAACCAACAAAAACAAGGAAAUCUUAAUCGACCAAAACAUUGAAAUUAGAUCGAUGUAUGGGUCAAAACAAACUACUAUCGAUUGUGAAGGAACAACAUUUGCAUUUAGAGUAUCUGAAGCUCGUCAAUUUACGUUACAAGGUUUCACAAUCAAGAACUGUACAACUAAUCUUGGUGGUGCCCUCUAUGUAGAGAACACAGCUGCCGUCAUCAAGGAUGUCCAGUUUAUCAACAAUACUGCUCAGAUUGGAGGUGCCUUCUUCUCACUCGGUCAGAUGGUCACUAUGAACAGCGUACAAUUCAUUAAUAAUCGUGCACGUGAAAUGGGAGGUGGCUUUUACGCAAUGUCUAGCAAGGUCAAUGUAUACAACACCACGUUCAAGUGUAACAAUGUCGGUAUCUCUGCGCAACAAAGAAACGAUGUCGGGUCGCUCAAAUCUACCAUCUCGAUCGGCGACACUUUGACCAAUGUAACAGGUGUCGGAUUCUCAUGUGACACUGCCUCUACUGUCACGCAAAAGGGUGGUCCUUCACUCUGUGACAAUCCAGCUACUCACUGUUCGAAUGUAACCUUUUUGCCAGGUGGAUGUCUUGCCAACCCAGGUAUGCCUCCUAAUGUCUGUGGUGACUCUAUUUGUAAUCCCGUCUACGAGUCUGUUUUCAAUUGUCCCGAGGAUUGUCCGUCUGCCUACUUUACCGGUAUCGUCCUAGACUCUUAUGUCAUUGACAAUAAGAAGUGUUCGUUGGCCAAUAUAUCAAACGCGUGUCUUGUCUCAACCGAUGUCCUCCCACGUCUCCAAAUCACCGACUUUAUGAGAACUACCAACCGCGUAGUUGCCGGUAAGGUCCGUACCUACUUUAAGAUUCAAAAGAAUGGUUACUAUUCUUUCCAAGUGACCGGUGCCAAUAUCGGUGUCAAAAUCUCGAUUGACAAGUUCCCAAUCGUCGACUCUUGGUUUAUGCAAAGUACAAUCAACUCUUCCGACUAUUUCUACCUCGACUCCAAUGCCGUCCACUACAUUGAAGCCACCUUCUUUUCCUCUUCAACCUCUACUCGUUCUCUUUCACUUGUUUGGACUGAUAUGGAUGGUAAAUCAGAUCCAUUUGAAAUAUUUUAUUCUAGACUUAAUUGCGGUGAUGGUAUUCUUGAACUUGAAGAAAAGAAUAAGACAAGUAAAUAUUAUUGUCCACAAGACUUUAAGUCAUCGUUGGCACCAGCUGUUGAGCCAGUUUGUGGUGAUGGUAUUUGUAACGAAGUCAAUCCAAACACUUGUUUUGUCGAUUGUUUUGGUGAGAUGACCGAGUUGUGUCCAACACGUCAAACGUCAAAGAAGCAUCUUUCACCAGGUUACCCACUUGCUAGUGACACUCUUGGUCUGCUCAUUGCCAACCAACAGCUCUGGAGAAUGCCAGGUUCCGAGGUUAUGGGCUUUGGUGUUGAUAUUGUCACUGGUCUAGGUGCACCAUCGCCACUCUUUUACUUUGGCAACUGCCAAGGAGACGCUACUCACUUAGUGCAAGACCCGUACAGAAACAUGGUGUACGAGCUGCCAACCGGACUCAACGGCAAGCCACUCCCUCAAUGCCAGUACUCGACCGAGAGCCAGGUCUUCAAGUCGACGACCGAGCUGUCCACGGCCAUGGAGCAAGAGUCGUCUAGUUCAUUCUCGGCCACCAUCGGAGCCGAGUUUAAGGGUAUCGGCGCUAGUGCCUCGGUAGCCUUUACCAACGAAAAGUCAGUCUCUCAGUCCAACUCGCUGGCCACCAGCAACGAGGACAAGAUCAUUGUCACCUCGCUCAACUGCACCACCUCUGUCAUUGAGAUGACUGUCGACAAGGCUGAAGACUAUGAGUUCCACCCUGUAUUCCUCAACGCACUCGCCAAGGUACGUACCUUGGAGGACAUGUAUCAGGUCAUCGUUGCCUAUGGCACACACUUUUACUUGAGAGCCACCUUUGGAGGUCAACUCAAGCAGCUGACCGUGACCAGCAAGAUGACGUCGUCGAGCGAGUCAGAGAACGAGUGGAAGGAGAGUGCAUCGAGAACAUUUGGUGGUACGGUGAGCGUCCCCAUCUUUAGUGCCUCGGCUUCCAAGUCUGACACCACCGACAGCACCCUCUCCACCGAAUCACAAACUGAAAUGGAAGAGGGAUCGAUCCACUCCAACAUCAUCUCGUAUGGUGGUCCAAUGGGAUCGUAUGGUCCAUCUGCCGACUUUAGUACAACCGAGUUUACCUACUGGACUCAAGGAGUUGAUCAACUGCCCGUACCAAUCCACUAUGACUUGGCACCCAUUGCCUACCUCUUAAAGACCCACCAUCACCAAUGGAAGACGUCCAACAACAAAUCCAUCUCUGAACUAUGGGAAAAGGCUGAAGCUCUCUACUAUGCCAGACACACACGUAAAAACAAUCUCGGCAAUGACAAUAGUCACCACUACACCCUCAUUCUCUACAACUCCUUUGGCAAGUGGCAGACCAACCCAUCGGUCAUUCCCAAACUCCACAUUGAAUGGAUGUCAAACACUACUGGCACCCCAACCUACCGUUCUGGAUCCGUCGAAAUCUUCCACAUCAACGUAUACCAAAACGAAUCGUCACCAGAGUACGUCAUGAACAUGAAUCCAGAUCGCAAAAAGAGUCAUGAGUGGUCAAUCAAACCAUUUUAUGAUCAUGAUGGUUCAGAGGCACCUCCUCUUCUUCCAGAGAUCCAAACCAAGUCGUUCAAUUUCUAUGACCAUCUCGCAUCUCCCUACCGUUUCGACUUUAAGUUUGCCAAUAUCUUUAGCAACCUCACUCUUGGUCACCCCAACAUCACCUUUAGUGGUUUUGAUGGCGAAUAUUGGGAAGUCAAUGGUGUCAUCAUCUCGCACACCACCAACGAAGCCGUUACCGUUCCACACCACCCCUCCAACCAUGUCAACCCAGGUGAAUAUCUCUCUGUCAUUGCCUAUGAGAAAUUGUUUGGUCCCUACUUUUCCAAAAUCAGUGCAGGACCAUUUUCUAUCUUUAAAUACUUGAACAGCUCAGCCAAAGAUUGUUUGAGCGAGUACAAGUGUUAUGGACGUAACGACACUAUCAGAUUUGGAUUUGCCCAAUUCGAUGUAGACUUGCUCACAGGCUACCCAACAAGUUAUGGGUUCCAACCGGCAAUGGAGAAAAAAACCUAUUUUGGACAAGGUGCCAAGUCAGAGUACUACAAUUGGGACGCUUUCCGUGGCUCCUAUCAACCCGUAAAGGACAAGGUCGGCUUUGGUCUCUACAUGGAUCAAAUCAACUUUAUUGGCACACAAGCAAGACUCAACUGGGCCAUCUAUAUCAACCGUACUCAUUCAGAUCUAGACUUUAGAAGACAAGUUUCGGUCUAUCACACUCUUGAUGAACCAAAACUAGACGUUCGUUACCAAUACUCCAACUCUUUGCUCACUUAUAUCUCUACCCUUACACUUCCAAUUGGUGAAGAUGGAUACGACGAUGCAUUGGAUGAUUUGGAUCUUGGUCGGUUCCAUAAACUCAGACCAUUCCAUGUGGACUUCCUCGAUACUACUUACUUCCCCAAUUGGAAAUUCACUCCAUCUCCUGAAUUGUCAGGUGCUCAUAACUUUACUCAAUCAACUCUCUAA